CUACCCAGGUGCCCCAAAGAAGUUAAAUUCAUUUUUAAAAACAAUUUAAUUAUAAAUUAAUUGUAAUGAAAAAUCUUUCUCUCAUUACAGAUUAAAUCAGAGAAAUGGAAUUUAGGAAUCAAACUUUGGUCACUGAGUUUUUAUUUGUGGGCUUAACAAAUUACUUCCAGCACCAGGUUGUUCUGUUUGUGAUGUUUCUCUUGGCUUAUCUGGUCACUCUUCUGGGAAAUGUGGGGAUGAUCACCCUCAUUUGGAUGGAUUCCCGGCUCCACACUCCCAUGUACUUUUUUCUCAGCCACUUGUCCUUUGUGGAUGUCUGCUCCUCUUCUGUCAUUGGUCCCAAGAUGUUGACAGACAUCUUUGUGAAAAAAAAAGUAAUCUCUUUCUUGGGUUGUGCUGCCCAGAUCUGGUUUUUUGGUCAGUUUGUAGUGACAGAGUGUUUCCUGUUGGCCUCCAUGGCUUAUGACAGGUAUAUGGCCAUCUGUAAGCCCUUGUUGUAUACACUCAUUAUGUCCCGGCGAAUCUGCAUGCAGCUGGUGGUAGGGCCUUAUACCAUGGGUCUUAUGAGCACCAUGAUCCACACGACGUUCACCUUUCGCCUGCCUUACUGUGGUCCAAAUACCAUCAAUCACUUCUUCUGUGACCUUCUUCCUGUUCUCUCCCUGGCAUGUGCAGACACCCAGGUCAAUCAGGUUUUACUUUUCAUCUUGGCUGGAGCUCUAGGAGUGCUCAGUGGUGUGAUCAUCCUGGUUUCCUACAUUUACAUCGUGGUCACUAUCUUGAGGAUCCGCUCUGCUGAGGGGAGGCGCAAAGCCUUCUCCACCUGCUCUUCACACCUGACUGCUGUCUCCAUCCUGUAUGGGACACUCUUCUUUAUCUACGUACGCCCCAGUUCUAGUUUCUCGCUGGACAUCAAUAAAGUGGUUUCUGUGUUCUACACAGCCGUGAUCCCCAUGUUGAACCCCCUUAUCUACAGCCUGAGAAACAGAGAGGUCAAGGAUUCAUUCAGAAGGACGUUUGAGAAGAAGAAUCUUCUUCUGAGUAGGUAAACUAGAUGCCAUUUGCACUACAGAUUGAGAGGUGAUAUAGACACAAGAUGCAGGAGCAUGGGCUGGGUGAUGGGAGUCCUACUUUUAUGUUGAGAUUCACUUUUUAUUACUGUGUGUCAUUGAGAAGUC